UUAUAUAUUUAGAUUCAUUAGAUUAUAGCCUUAAUAUAAAUUAAAAAUUGCAUAAAAUGGCAAAUCUCAGUGAAGAACAAAUUGCUGAAUUCAAAGAAGCGUUCUCACUUUUUGACAAAGAUGGUGACGGCAAAAUCACAACAAAAGAAUUGGGAACGGUAAUGAAGUCGCUCGGACAAAAUCCUUCAGAAUCGGACUUACAGGACAUGAUCAACGAAGUGGAUGCAGAUGGAAGUGGGAGUGUGGACUUUUCUGAAUUUCUGACAAUGAUGGCAAGAAAAAUGAAGGAUACCGACGCUGAAGAAGAGAUAAAAGAAGCGUUCAGAGUUUUUGACAAGGACGGAAACGGUUAUAUUUCAGGGGCUGAACUUCGUCACGUUAUGAAUAACCUUGGGGAAAAGUUGACGGAAGAAGAAAUCACAGAGAUGAUUCGAGAAGCGGACAUGGACGGAGAUUCUCAAGUUAACUAUGAAGAAUUCGUUAAAAUGAUGAUGUCAAAAUAAACUUAAAGAACAAAUAAUACACUAUACUCGGGAAUUUAAAAAAGAUAAAAUUAAUUUAUUAGGCUUAGUUCUUAUAUUUUAUUUGUUGCUCUACGACAGUAUCAUGGUUGAAAGAACAUACAAAUCGAUUACGAGAGCCUAUUUUUAUGUUAAUAAAAAGAUUUUAGAACUAUAGUGUGCAUGACUAUUUUUAAGAGUAAAUAAAAAACUGAACUGUACAAAAAA